AGCUGUCCCCCAGUCAAGGAUAAGAUGAUUAAUGUCCAUCUUGUUGCACACACUCAUGAUGACGUAGGUUGGCUGAUGACGGUGGACCAAUAUUACUACCAGGAGGUUCAGUUCAUCUUGGACUCAGUUAUACCAGAGUUGGAGAGAGACCCAUCAAAGCGAUUUAUCUAUGUGGAGAUCGCUUUCUUCGCCCGGUGGUUCCGAGAACAGCUAGAUCCCAUGAGACACACAGUUAAGCGGUUGGUUAAUGAAGGUCGUCUGGAAUUUAUCCUUGGUGGAUGGUGCAUGGAUGAUGAGGCUGCCACUCACUACAAUGCUAUCAUUGACCAACACACACUCGGCUUUCAGUUUUUACGGACAAAUUUUGGCGAUUGUGCUCGACCGAAAAUCGCAUGGCAAAUCGAUCCCUUUGGUCACUCAAGAGAACAAGCAUCAAUUUUCGCUCGGUUUGGAUUUGAUGCUCUGUUUUUUGGUCGCCUUGACUACCAGGACAAAGCUAACAGACUAAACACUACAACUAUGGAAAUGGUAUGGCAUGGAAGUCCACAAAACCUAGGCGAAAAAGCAGACCUGUUUACUGGAGUGAACUAUAACGGCUACUCACCACCACAAGGAUUUUGCUAUGACAUAUUCUGUGGGGAUCCUCCUAUCAUGGAUGAUGAACGAAUGCAUGAUUACAAUGUGGAUAAGACAAUUAAAAACUUCCUCAAGGCUGUGAAAGAUCAGGCCAGCCAUUACGCGACAAAUCACAUCAUGAUGACGAUGGGCUCGGACUUCCAGUACCAGAAUGCUCACAACUGGUUCAAGAACCUCGACAAGCUUAUUUAUUAUGUCAACAGUCAGCAAGCAAAGGGCAGCAAUGUGAACUUGAUUUAUUCCACACCUUCCUGCUACACCUACCAGCUAAACCGAGCAGACAAGACGUGGACGACCAAGGCCGACGAUUUUUUCCCUUACGCUUCUCGUGCUCAUGGCUUCUGGACCGGCUUCUUCACGAGUAGGGCAGCACUUAAGAAUUACAACCGACGGACAAACAACUUCUUGCAGGUUGUUAUGCAGAUGGAUGCCUUGGCUAAACUAGAAGACACAGACAACAGCACAUACAACAUUCAGAUACUCAAGGAAGCAAUGGGAGUUAACCAGCAUCAUGAUGGAAUUAGUGGGACGUCCAAGCAAGUUGUGGCUUAUGAUUAUGCUGAACGUCUUGCUCAUGGAGUAAUGGAAGGACAGAAAGUUGUGAAUGAUGCAUACCGGAAGCUCCUCCAGAUCAGCAAGUCUGUAGCACCAGGACAAGCCUUUUGUACACUGCUCAACAUCAGUUACUGUCAUGUCACGGAAACAAACUCAGAGUUCCAAGUGCUUGUGUAUAACCCGAUAGGACGAAGUGUGAGUUACUAUGUGCAGAUUCCUGUCACGGCUAGCAGUUUUUCUGUGACUGGACCUGAUGGAAAAACAGUUCCAUCCGAGGUUGGUACAAUAAGUCCCGAUACUAUGCGGAUUCCUGAAAGAAAGGGGUCAGUUGCCACACAUGAGAUAUUUUUUGAAGCACAACUUCCUCCCUUGGGUUUCAGUACAUACUUUAUAAAACAAGAUGGGUCACUAAAGUCUCCAACAAAGACUGGGUACAGGAGUAUAAACGGUGGUGCUGAUGUAGUAAUUGGAAAUGAGUACAUCUCCCUGACAUUUGAUGGGAAAUCAGGGAAGCUGAAACUGAUGAAGAACCUGAAGAAAAAAAUUGACCUUGAACUUAGCCAGGACUACCUGUACUACAUUGCUCGCUCUGGCAACAACAGCAAGGAUAUAUUCCAGGCGUCCGGGGCAUACAUUUUCCGACCCAAUGGAACUGUAGCUCAUAAUGUUACUGUGAAAUCAUCUGUCAACAGUUUUGUUAGAGAGGGUGAACUUGUAGAGGAAGUCUAUCAAGUGUUUAGCAGCUGGUUGACUCAGGUCAUUCGAAUUUAUCAAACUAAGCAAUAUGCAGAAUUUCAGUGGACUGUUGGACCCAUACCAAUUGAUGAUAAGACUGGAAAAGAAGUGAUCAAUAUAUUUAAGACAAAGUUGAAAUCGGAAUCUCUAUUUUACACUGAUGCCAAUGGGAGAGAAAUACUUCAACGAAAACGUAACUAUCGUGACACAUGGAAGUUAAACCAGACAGAACCCAUCGCUGGAAACUAUUUUCCCAUCAACAGCAGAAUCUACAUUCAGGACAAGUCUAAGAAUAUCCAGUUUACUGUGUUGACAGACAGAUCAGAGGGAGGCUCCAGUAUUCAAGAUGGUGAACUAGAAAUAAUGCUACACCGGCGUCUUCUUCAUGAUGAUUCUCUUGGUGUUGAUGAAGCGCUCAAUGAGACUGGGUCAGAUGGCAAGGGUCUUAUUGUGAGAGGCUGUCACUAUGUGUUUCUGGACUCCAUCGACUCAUCUGCUGCUCUGCACCGCGACCUCGCGGAGAAACUCUUCAUGGCUCCGUCCAUCUCAUUCACUACAGAAAAAACGGCGUACGCUGACUGGAGUAAAAAGUUCAGAACAAAUUGGUCUGGUCUGAAGCGAGCCCUGCCUGACAACGUCCACCUUCUGACACUGGAACAGUUUGCCGGGUCGGGCCCCGCCCCGUCCGUGAAACAGCCGUACCUCCUGAGACUGGAACACUUCUACGAGAAGAACGAGGAUGCUCGACUGUCACAGCCAGUCACCGUCUCACUGAAGGAUCUGUUUGUGCCGUUUGAUGUUACAAAUGUUGUUGAACUCACUCUUGGAGCUAACAUGCCACUGUCUCAGUUAAACAGACUCAAGUGGAAGACAACAGAUGGCCAGUCAAAGAAAGAUACGACUUUGAGAUUUGAACCAGCAUCCUCAAGUGUUGAUCCUCUCUCCAUCACGCUGAACCCAAUGGAAAUACGAACUUUCCAAGUGGAAAUCAGCUAACAUCCUCUCUCCAUCACGCUAAACCCAAUGGAAAUACGAACCUUCCAAGUGGAAAUCAGCUAACAUGAUAACUCUAGAUACAAACAAAUAACUUGUCAGAAGCUCAGGCUAUAUUGAUAUCUUUUACCUGUAUAUGAUAACCAAUAUCCAAAGGGAUAAUCAAACUGAUAUUCAUGUUAACACUCUUUAGCUGACAUUUUCAAUCAGAAGUCUUUAUUAAAAUUACAAUUUAGUUGUUUGCUACGAUGCGAUGAUAAUUACAGUUGCAGUAACAUAAAUUUGUAAUUGUGAUAAAGACUUGUGAUGAAAACUUCAAAUGAAGAGUGAUAACAUGAAUUUUUAAAUCAGAUAUAUUUGUUAAUUAUUUGAUUCACUUGGAUUCUUUUUAUGUUAUUUUUUAAUAAAAAAAUCUAAAUGUAGCAUUUUGUUCUAGUUGAUUUAUUUUAAAGGACUGGGGGAAAAAAACAUGUAUAAAGUAUUAUAAACUUAAGUCAGUUUUAUACACAUCAACUCUGAUGCUGAGUGUAUUUAGUAUUUAAUUUUAUUUGUGUGAUAAAUACGUUUUAAAUUAUUUAAUGAUAAUUGAUGAUGAAUGUUUGUGUGCACAUGCAUAGCACAUCUGAUAUCAUUGUUAAUGGAUAUUAAGUAAUUGAUUUCUCUGGUGUAAUUUUUUUUUUUUUUUACAUAGGUGGCAUAUAAUGUCCAUGAAAUCUUAGAAUCAAAUUCUAUUGGAAGACCUGUCAGGCUUUUUCAGCAUUCCAACCAGUGGUUGACAACUGGUAUGUAACAUGAUGAUAUAUAAAAGACUUGUUGUUGCUAAUAACAAAUUAGUAGCCUGUCACUGCUAAUUAAUCUGAGUGGCCUCAAUUUAAACUGCUUGCAUCAUCUCAUAUGCUACAUGCAGCAUGUCAAAAUGGCCAUACACCCCAUGAUUAAAACCACAGUAUGCUGAGCAGUUGUUAAACAUUCCUUUCCUUUACAGAGUUAACUAAAGUUUUAUGUUAUAUUCUAAGUCACAUUAUUUUAGUUUGUUUUCAUUUUGUGAAAAGUAUGAGAAACACAUUUUAUUUAUUCAGUCUUUUUAAUUUCAGCUGGCAACUGAAUAAAUCGCCAACUUGGUUGUAUUUUUUUCUGUUUUUGAUCAAAUCUUGUAAAUAUAAUUUUGAUGACAUGAAUGUAUUAUUUUUUUUAUGUGUUCUACUGGAAUAAUAGUGAGGUUUGUUGUUUCACCUUUACGAAGGGAAAUGAUGGCUUUUACCUUUUGCAGUUAUAUGUACCUGUAGCUCAAUGUUAAAGUUUAUAAAUCCUAGAAUAUUGAAACUUGCUUUAUAGGUGCACAAUGCAUGUGAAAAAUAUAAUUAAAUUAAAAUUUUAAUUAAAUGUUUUUAAAAUUUAUUAAAAAAAGGUUUUAUUAUAAUUUAAAAAAUAUAUCUUACACCAAAUAUGUUUAUGGUAUGUGAGACAUUUAUUUGCAUGAAAUUCUUGUUGAUGUAAACUUAUUAGGAGAUAGCCUUGUGAUCAUGUUAUUUAGUUUUCCUUUUAAUAAUUUUUAAAUAAUAUUUUGACUUAAAAUCUUGCUGUAACAAAAUUAGCAGUGAAAAAUGUGGAUUUUUUUUCACUUUUUAUUUUCCCCAUCAAGGUUACAGUAGUUAAAGGCUGUCAAAAUUCUUUUUUAUUAACACAAACAAAAUUAAACUUUAAGGUUUAAAGAAAAGAAAAUCAUAUUUUUGUUUCCAUAAAAAAAUAUUUUUCACCCUUACUGUUAAGACAGAUCCCCAGAUUAUAGUGUACUUGUGAAAUGUAUGUACUUAUUUGUUUAUAAUACUCACUGUAAAAUUGCUCUGAAUGGAAUUAUGUUUGUUUUGAAAAUACAAGCACAUAAUAUAGCAAAUAUUGAGAAUUGUUUGAAUGUUUUUAAUAAAGUUUUCUUUUGCUU